UGAUGGACACAAAAAAGCAUCAAAACGAAAAAACUGGAUCUAUAGUUGCAUUCAUGCAGAUGCCUAUGUCCACAACCGCUGGCACGCAGUGGGACGGAAUGAAAGGGGUCGAUUUUUUACUACACACAGCCGAGCCGAGCAGCUGCUGCAGAGAAAUUCUGGGCUACGGGGGUAUACACAUAGUUGCAGUGACGUCAGCAAGGCGAGAUAGAACUGACGACUGUGGUCGUCGCUGUGUGUUACGGAAUGUGUGCAUUUACAAGAGAUGUAACGAGAGAGAGAGAGAGCGAAAGAGAUAGCGAGUCCUUGCUGGAGACGAAUCUUCCAACGCUUGUCCUCCCCACAUUACAUCGAAAAUCUGGCCUUCGUUUGCAGCUUGUUUCGGCCCCCAGGUUCGCCUACUACACUUACUGGCUGGUAGUAACCAUGGGUGACAGAAAGAGAGGCCCGCAGGAUGAACGGGACAGAACCAGGCGAAGGAUAAUGGUAAUCGUAGGCAUGCGCAGUAACCUUUCACAUUUCUGCACGUUACUGUCGCUGGUGGUGAAUUUCUCGUAUACACACACACUCGCUCUCUCUCUAUCUCUCUGUUUCCUUCUGUGUUUUGGCAGGAAAAAGAAAGAACAACGCGCGGCAGGAUUUGUUAGAUCUCGAACUGCGCAAAGGAGCAAACAAGACAGAAGUACGCAACGUAAAUCCAGAAACACGCAAUGUGAGGGUCGCACGAGUGUGUGUGUGUGUGUGUGUGUGUGUGUGUGUGCACGCUUUUCUAUAUUUAGUAUCCCCUGUGCCUGUGGCGUCCAGGACGACGGAUUCAAGUUCGUGCUGGUGCAUACGAUUUCCUGAAGAACGGUGGCCACUUUUGCAGAAUACCAAUCGCCAACAGAAAGGUGACACACCCGUGCAGAACGGGGAAAGGCGGGAAGGUGCAAAAUUUGCACAAAAAUAUUGGAUAAAUGUCAAAGUGCGCGGGACAUACGGUUCAAUAGGAUCAGGUGCCGUGUAAUAGAAGGUUGGCAGGCAGAAAGACUCGGCUUUCGUGCCAAUGUCCUUCGAACUGAGAAAUGCGGCGUGAAUGCGUACGAGCAAGAGAGCGAUAGAGAAAAGUUAAGUUGUUUACUGAGGUGAAGAGUGUGAAAAAAGCUAGCGUUGGUAUCCUUCUCAUUCAAGAUCGGUGCUAAAACAAAUACAAUAUAAACACACCACCGACGAACGAAUCAGCAAACGAACGGAACCGGAUGUCGUUCGGUAUGAAUGAUCUGCAUAUAUACUACUGAAGAACAUUUCUGUGGCUCCAGGCAUUUACUGCUAUCUGCCCUCCAGAGAUUGAUCAACAUUUCAUCAUACACUAAGGCAAAGCGAAAAUCUGUGAUAUUUCCCACUGCUGGGAUCAUCCUCUCCUUUGGGCACGAGCGUGUGCGUGUGUCUCGGUGGGACCGACGCACGGUGUGCCUACGGGCAUUAAAACUCCGUCCUAAGAGGGUGCAAAAGGUGCUUCAUCUCCCUGCCAACAAAACUUAAGAUUAGAUUUGAAUUUGCGUUGUUGUACGUGAGAGCGCCCCGAGAUCGAAAACCUGGUGGUACGAUCGUGAGAGCAAGACGUGACGGUCUGACGUACCUGCCACCUAUCAUGUGAGCGCGCAUUAAAACGGGAAAGCCCGUCGUUCGACAGGAUCUGGAAUCCUUCAUUGUGCAUCCGUGUUUCCGGUGACAAGCAGGAUGCAAGGAAACACCAAAACAGAUAAUAAUUACAUUACACAUGAACCAUCGCAAGUACAAUAAUAGACAACUGAACAAUUUGUAGAAAGCCAUUUCUGUGCAAAAAGGCAUAAAAAGUGGGCAAGCGGAGUUUUGACAAAAGGAGGCUAAGCAAGGGCAAAAGUGCAACGUAUUCUUUGCACAAAAUUUCUUCCAUCUGGAAAUUGAUUGAAUGUGGAUAGGGUGGAAACAUCUUAGCCCAUGCAAGCCCUACUCAGCAUUACAAUCAAUCAGUGUGUGUAAGCGGUCGUAGUGUUUUAGUGUAAAGUGAACUGAUUCUUACAGUUGUGCGAAUGCGGACGUACGUUGGACGAGAUCCUCGCAUUUUAGAACUCUCAUAACUGAUCAGUUCGCUUGUCGUGUGUGGGUGUGUGUGUGUGUGUGUGUGUAUCCAGUGUAUUUGAGCAAUAUUAGGCGGUGAAACCUAUGGUUUAUUUACUGAGUGGUGGAUGCAUGCGUUAGGAAAGAAGCAGAAACUCAGCUUUAACGAAAAAUUCGUGUUUCAAGCCAUCGGUUAAUAAUGCGUGCGUUAGUGGAUAAGCGUAGAAAGUGAACCAUUCCUAGAAUGGUUGGCAAAAGUGUGCGGCAUUGCGGUACGUGAAACAAAACAAAACAAACAGAAACAUUGUAGCGCUAAACUGAAUCAAUCUUUCUGCUCCACCGACAAAGAGAACAAGACUGUCCUCUCUCUAGCAUAAGCGCUCAUAUGUUAGCAUGUUCUCGUGAGGUGAUUUAUGGUUGCAAGUCAAACAAAAGUAUAACGUCCUAGACAUAUCCAUCUCCCGACUGCUGAAGGUGGAGUUUGAGAGCAGUUUUGCGGGGGGUACGACAUCGAUUCUCCCAGUGUAUGUUUGCGGAAAGCUGCGUGCUUUUUUAAAAACAUUCCCAACUCGUAACAGUAUUUCACGCAAACGGGAUAUUAAUAAGCACAAAGGAGGAAGGCUUGUACACUGGCACAGUUUACGGGUUUAGAUCGACUACCGCCGAGGUGCACAAACUGCAGUCGAGUGCAAGAGUGGAGAGAGAGAGGAUUGCAAGCAGUUGCUCGGAAAGGAUAACUAUUCGAGCAACACCUGGACCAAGUGGGGCAGCACCAUCAUUCGAGGAAGUCUGAAGUGAUAGCUUUUUAUGUUCGAACACAUUAGUCAAAAGUAGAGGAAAGCAUCGCUCGGUGCUGUUAAAACAACGAGCAUACUAAAUAAUCUCACAGUUUCCGUCAGCUGAUCAGCAGCGCAGAGGCAAAACAUUCGGCAUUGGAGUUAAUUUAUCGAUACAAGGUGACAAGAUUUUAGCGUGAUUGCCGAAGCUAACGAAUACGCCAUACGUACGUUCCCUGCCUGAAAGACGAAGAGAGAACAACGCUGGCCGUUCAUAGCUCACAUUACGCCGUUACUUUCGUGAGAUGUGAUUUUCUUGAUUACCUGACUAACCGUUAACGUGUUAGCAAUAAUUUUAAAAGUAUUUGUACGAAAAGCGAAGGAGUGACGUUAAGGGCAGAGCCAUCGUCUUCUUUUCGUAAUCCAAUCAAACGAAACUAUCAACAAAGGGCCAUACACCAGCAAGAAAUUGGUUCUUCAUUUGGACAAUUUGACGAACAAUUUAUACUAAGCACAAAGUCGAAACACGAGACGCUGCACGAGACGAAAAUAAUGUUCGAUACUGACCAAACGAUAGAACGUAAGCAAACUCUGGAAUCAUCAUUUGUCACACAGCAUGAGAGCGUGCGAGUGAACCAUUCUUCUUACCAUCACAACAUGUCAACAAAGCAACAGCAGCAGCAUCAGCAGCGACACAGUCUUUACACACCAUUUGACGAAUUGCUGCGUUUAACAGAGCGAAUGAGAAUGCUCGAGUCUCAAGGAAGCAGCCGGAUUGGGUCCGGUCGGCUCUGCGGUGGUGGAGAGAGCUCCCUGAACGGAGGUGCCUGGGGCUCGCCGCCGGGUGCAGGGUCUAACGCCGUCGGGGGCGGUGUUUCUGGUUGGAGUGCGACAGCGGUCGGUAGCUCGCAGCAGGCCGCCCAGCAACAGUCGUGGAACAGUGGACAGGCGGGUAUGCCACCACCUGUUGGUCCGCCGGGCAGUGGUCCGAGACAGGAGCUGCUGGGAAAGUCGGGCGUUGGCAACAGUGGCCCACCAAUGGUUGUCGGCAGCAAUGCAGGAAGCGGACAGAGCGGUACGGGUGGCUGGAAUCAAGUGGUAAAUCCCAACAAGCAGUCCACGUCGCAAGCUAUGGGCCAGCAGCAGCAACAGCAGCAGCAACAGCAACAGCAACAAGGUGCAAAUCAGCAGAACCCUGGACCAAACUCUAAUCAAUCGCAGUCCAGCAGCGGAAAUCAGGCCGCCGGAGGUAACCAAGGUGGAGCUGCUGGCGGAAGUGGCGUAGGAGGUGCUGCAGCUGCUAUGGCUGCAGGUAAUGGAGGCGCGGGUGGUGCCGCGGUUAGCGGUAUGGCGGCAACACCAUCCGCCAAGCUGGAACAUCUGAACUCGAUGCGCGAGGCGCUGUUUGCGCAAGAUGGCUGGGGCUGUCAGCACGUCAACCAGGACACGCAGUGGGAUGUGCCGAUUUCACCCGAACCGAGUACCAAACCCGAUCCCUCCCUGAAGGCUACGGUCAACAAUGGGACGGAGCUGUGGGAGACCAACUUGCGCAACGGUGGCCAGCCGCCGGUACAGGCGCCGUCACAGAAGACACCUUGGGGCCCGCAAAGCCACCACGGUGGCACUUGGGGCGUGGAUGAUGAGAGCAGCGGUGAGGCAAGCAACGUAUGGACCGGUGCGCCCGGGGGUCCUGGAGGGGCCAGUAUGGUGGCCGGUGCACUGGCCGGAUCCGCUGGAGGUCCGCCGCCAGUGGGCGGUAAUCCUGGCGCGUUAGUUGCCGGACAGGUGGGACCAGUGGGCAGCGGUAGCGGUGGAAUGUGGCAGGCGGGCGGAGGUGGUCUGCCCGGGGCCGGUGGUGGAAUUGCUCCCCCCAAGAAGGACAAUGAUUGGGGCAGUGGAACGGGUGGUAUUGGAGCGAGCGCAGGUGGCGGAAACGGCGGUUGGGGAGAGCCUCGAGGAAAUGUCGGAGGUGGAGGUGCGGUUGGUGGAGCUGGUGCUCCGAAUACGGGCGUUCCGCCUCACCUGGCAUCGCAGCUUGAAGGAUUACCAAACGUUGACAUUCGAAGCAUGCGUCCGCCAGGGGCUGGCGGGAUCGAUCAAAGCCGCGAAUUCCGUGGCGAUCCGCGUGGUAUCUCUGGUCGGCUGAGCGGAUCUACGACGGGCAUGCUGGACCAUUAUCCGAUGGGCAAGAUGCCUCCACCGGGCGCCAUGUCCUCGGGCGCAUCAGCAAUCGGUGCUGGCGGUAACAACCAGUGGCCCCUUAGUGGUGGAGGUGGUGGUGGUGGUGGCGGAGUCGGUGGAGCAGCCAAUGGAGGCCCAGUGGGCGGGGGUGUUCCAUCUAGUAUGCCUCCCACGAAGUCGGUGUCCGGUGGAUGGGACGAUAACUCUCCGCCGGCUGUACGCCGCAACCCCAAUAUUGACGAUGGCACUGCAUUGUGGGCCUCUGGCGGACCUGGCAGUAGUGGUGGUGGUGGUGUUGGUACCGGCCGAGCCACAGGCAAUGUAUCCGAUGGCCAAAUGGUCGGUAGAAAUGGUCGCAACGGUCCGUUGGGAGGAAUGAGCUCCGGUCCGAUUGGUGGCGGCCCUUCAGGGGGCCCGGGUGGCCUGGGAGGUGGUCCACGAAUGGUCGGCUCCGGACCGGCCGGCAAUGCGAUGAAAGCGGACAGCAGCAACAUGUGGAUGACGGGACAUGGAGCGGGAGUGGGAGGCUCACGAAACGGUUCCUGGGAUGAUCCCACCAUCGGUGGCACUGGAGGCAACAACUGGGACGAUAAGCCAACCGGUGGAUCAAGCGGCCCGCUCGGCGGUGGUGCCUCGUGGAUGGAUGGACCGGGUACGGCAGCACCUGGUGCUGGCCUUCCUGGCGCUGGCAAUCAAUCGUGGAACGCAAACAAAAAGCCACUUGGUGGUGGCGGCGGCGGUGGUGGAGCCGUGUGGCCCGAUUCAUCGUCCGGCGCCGAUCUGAUCGGCAAUGACUGGGGCGUAGGGGGAGGCAAGAUGACGAACAAACCCCCACACGGACCGCUCGAGAUCAUCCGCAGCAGCAAGCAGUACCGCAUUCUGUGCGAGAUGGGCUACAAGAAGGAAGAUGUGGAGUAUGCACUGCGGGCCGCUAACAUGGCGCUGGAGGAAGCGGUCGAUUUGCUGCAGCGCAAUGGCUCGCUGCCAAAUGUAACCGGUAUGGGCAAUGCUGCCGGUGCAGGAGACUGGAGAAGAGACGAUGCACACGCUCAGCUGGGCGGCGGUGGCACUGGUGGCAGCAACGUUGGAGGGGGUAGUGGAGUCUUUGAACCACCGUUCGGUAAUCGUUACUUGGGAAGCGGUGGUGGCGGCGCAGGAGGAGGAGCUGGCAAUGUUGGCGGUGGCAGUGGACAUUCCUUACAUUUCCAGCAGGGUAAUCAGAAUGGUAUGCCCGGCAGCGGUGCUGGAGGCAUGGGAGGAGCUGGAGGAAAUCCAAACCUGUCUGGUUUGCAUGGUCUGUCGUCCAAGUCGCUUGGCAGCUAUUUGAAUCAGGCUCCUCCACCGAUGACUGGCAUCGGCGGACAGGGCGGCUCCAUGGCUCCGUUCAAUCAAGGCGGAGGAGCGGGUGGUAAUCCGGUCGGCGGCGGUGGUGGUGGUGCCGGUGGACAGAACGCAGUCCAGCCCAAUACGCAACUGCGCUCGCUCGUACAGCAGAUUCAGAUGGCCGUGCAGACUGGGUACCUGAACCCGCAGAUCCUGAAUCAGCCGCUGGCUCCACAAACUUUCCUGUUGUUGAAUCAGCUGUUGAGCAGCAUUAAGCAACUGCAAGUAACCCAGGGCAACCUGCAGCGUGGAGGCGCCGGCACGAACAACCAGAUAGCCAUGAUUUCCAAGAUCAAGCAGCAGAUAGCUAGUCUGCAGAAUCAAAUCGCCACCCAGCAGACGCUGUACGUAAAGCAGCAGCAGCAGCAGCAGCAACAGCAGCAACAGCCGCAUCCGCACCAACAACAGCACCAGCAACAUCAGCAUCAGCAGCAACAGCAACAGCAGCAGCAUCAGCAGCAUCAACAUCAGCAGUCCCAUCAUCAGCAUUCGUCCGUCGGCAAUCCAUCGUCCCAUCUUGGCGGAGGGCAUCUCGGUGGAAACUUCCAUCGCAACGAUCCCAACGAUCUGAGCGCACUGCAGAACAGUCUGUCAGAAAUGACGCUCGGCAAAGAGCACAACGGUCCAUACCUUUCUGGCCCACCGGGCAGCGGUGGCGGCGCCAGCGGAAUGGGUGGUGGAGCCGGGCCCACUAGCCAGCAGUCGCGACUGAACCAAUGGAAGCUCCCGUCAAUGAUGGACAAGGACAACAGUCAUGAUUUAACUGAUUUUUCGCGUGCACCAGGAUCGACAGCGAAAUCGGUUGGCCUCGGUGGCAAUAGCGGCGUGCUCGGUGGAAUACAAACCGAUGGCACAUGGUCAUCGGGUCGCGCCGGUAUGACAGACGGUUGGCCAGAUAAUGCAUCCACCGAUAUUGCUGGUAAGGAUUGGCCAUCCACUCAGGACUCGUUCUCUGACUUGGUCCCGGAAUUUGAACCAGGAAAACCGUGGAAGGGCACUCAAAUGAAAAUAGAAGAAGAUCCGACUAUCACUCCGGGUAGCAUUGCCCGCAGCCCGAUAGCAGCGAUUUCCGUUGGGUCCGCAAAGGAUUCGGAACUGUUUGCGACUAGCAGCAAACCAUCGCCGACGGACUCGAUUAGUCUUUCCUCGUCGACCUGGAGCUUCAACGCGAGCAGCAGCAAUUAUUCAUCCGCGACCGGGUCUGGCGGUAUGGGUAAGCUCGGCGGACCGUCGAAGAACACCUGGUCCGAUAGUGGUGUCACUGGAGCAGCAGCUGACGUGUGGGGAGCCGGCCUUGGUACUGGUUCCGGAGGGCCAACUGGCAACAGUGCAUCGAAAACACCGCGUGGACCUCCGCCCGGGCUGUCAUCGGGAAAAGUGUCUGGCAGUGGCGGUGUAGGUGGGGGCCCGGGCAGCAACGGAUGGAUGCCAAGAAGCAGCCAUGGCCAGGGAGGAAAUUGGUCGGCAGGUGGUGGUGGUGCAUCCGGCUCCUGGUACUCGACCUGGUUGCUGCUGAAGAACCUUACCGCUCAGAUUGAUGGUUCAACGCUGCGAACACUUUGCAUGCAGCAUGGCCCGCUGCAAAACUUCCAUCUGUAUCUAAACCAUGGCAUUGCGCUGUGCAAAUACUUGACCCGCGAGGAAGCAAACAAAGCCCAGCUAGCUUUGAACAACUGUGUACUGGGCAACACAACCAUCUGUGCCGAAUCGCCCACAGACAGCGAGGUACAGACGAUCUUGCAACAUUUGGGCUUGCCGGGACAGAAUGGAGGUGGUAGCGCUAGUGGCGGAGGCCAAAACGCGAGUGCUGGAUCUGGCGGCAUUGGAAACUCGAGCAUGGCUCAGUCGUGGCGCUCUAACGGACCUAUCACAGGACGUGUCACUGAUACCUGGGGCUCUUCAUGGGCAUCUUCCGGCGGUGGCAGCAACCUGUGGACCCCGUUGGAUGGUCCAACCGAGCGAGGAACUCCAUCGAAUUUGAACUCAUUCCUGCCGGAGAAUUUACUCGUUGGCGAGCUUAACUAAACUGUGACCAGCAACAACACCAGCAAUACGUGGAACGCCAUUGAAACGUGACAUGCGUUCGGCAUCAGACACCCAGUCACUGUCGUCCAAUCGGCGGGUCGAUGGUGGUGUCGGUGGUAAGUUUUUAAUGUGCAAAGUUUUAUGCGGUACAAUCUCCAGACGGAACGUGAGCACGGACGGGUGCCACAUCGCCGAUGGAUGAUCCUAUGAUGGUGUGCGAGGGAGUUAGUUUUAACUUUAUAACGUAAAGCAUUGUGAUGCGCUUCAAGGCGCCACUCAUAUAACGGGGUGUUGUACUCAAAACAAUCCACGAAGAAAUAGUGUACGUGUGUAUGUGUGCGUGCAGCAGGGGAGCAUUGGUACGGUUAUGAAACAUACCGAUGCACCAUAAUCAAACGCUUAGACCAAUCGUGUUAUUCCCCUUACAGACGAAAUAUGGUACAAAUGGUUUUGUUGAAUAAUUUUUAAUUUGUCAUGCCGCUUUUUAUGUAAUAUAUCAAUAAGCAAUGCUUGGCAGUAAGCGAAAUGAUCAAUCGUGCAGCAGCAGUAAGCGGAUCUGCACAUCUGCCGAAUACAAAUGAAUGCAAAUAUGAACAGAAAGGAAAAGGAAACCUAUCACAAAGUGCGCUCUGUAGAGCAUUUGACUAUAUAUAUAUAUAUAUUCGAUAUCGAUAAAUAUUUUAGAAUUCCGAAUCAUCACAAUCUGUGUUGGUAUAGGUGCAGUACAACUGCAACAGUAAUAUUAUUGAAGUGAAAAAGAAAAAACAAAAAAAAAACAAACAAAAAAACGGUUAUUUGGUCGUUUUGUGUGCGAAACAACCUACCUAAGUAGCAAUGAUUAUAUACCGUGCGUUUCAGGUAACCAUAUAAUGCAUAUGAUAUGAUGUAUACUUUAAGGCAACAUACGAACCUGUUAGUUUACACCGAAGAAAUAGAUGUACUUGUAGGAUUGAGGAGACUAUUUGCGAAUCUUCAUAAAUUUCCACAUAUAGCAAAGAAACAGGAACGCACUGCGUUCGAUAUAUUAUCAGUGUUUGCUAUUAUUGUGAAAGAGUAUCGUAUUGUUUCGUAUUUUUGAAAAUUAUUUAUUUUGUUACUGUUUUUAAUUCGAUUGAUUUGAAUUGAUGAAUUUCUGAGCAUUGCGAUGAAUGUUGCAUUCACUACUGUGAGGUGAAUUGAUAUACGAAAACGCUUAUGUUUGUAGUGGAAGAAGAAAACCCCCAACAACUAGCAUCGGAUCUAGUGCAUUUACUUCUACUACUACUACUACUUCUAUUGCUACAACUACUAAUACUACAACUACUACUACUAUUACUAUUAGCAAGGAUAGACAAACAGGGAACAAAACUAAAAUCACUGUGAGAAAGAUUACUACAUUGGUAGCACCUGCCUCAGCCAGUUGUUUGAAGGCAGACACACUUGCCUAAGGUGUAGUGCAAAACAAUGUUUGCUAAUGACACAAUCAAAAGUUGAAACAAACAAUACACCGGAGAUACACGAGUGAUCUCAACCGUUUAGGGAGGGCUUCCGUGCGUAAUAAGUGAUCGAUUGUAUUACCGUGUGACUGAUCGAACAGUUAAUGCGCAAACGCCAACGAUUAAUUACGCAAACACGUGGCCAAUAGCCAACAAGUCUAUCAGAUUUCCAUGAUUGUAUUCUAAAUUUUCAUUCUGACGAAUGUAAAAGCCAUUAUUGAGACGUCCACUUUGUUUGUGCAUUUCGUUCCUGUAUGACUCUAAGAGACAGACUGAACGAUGGCAGAGAUGGCAUCGUAACAGCUGUAGAGAGUAAGGUGAGCGCAAGGGAUGUGGAUCAUUCGCCAGAACAGGUGCUAUCUUCUACUGAUAGUAUAUCAGAAGUAGUCCGAGUGUACUUUAAUGUCGGGAAGGUUGUGAUUUUCUAACCCAGGUGUACGAACAGUGAAGGUAGUGACAAUGAAUAAUUAUACACACACACACAAAGUUAGGUUUAUUUUCCGAACCCCUCUUUUCGUACCUUUACCGGGCACUGAACGUUUGAAUGUGAGAAGCGCUUUUGUGUCACAGUAGAUCUAAUACAUUUAAGUUGACGAAAAACGAGUGAUGUCACACAAAUCUAUAUCCUAUUACGUCUAAUACUGGUGUCUCCUAUCGCUAUCCUUUUUAAGUUUCAAAGAUAAUAAUCGAUGCUUUGUGCAUUAUUGAACUACGAUAUCAUGCUAUGUUAUUAAAUUAUCGUCUGUAGUAUGGGGUUCAUAUGCUCGUGAAUUUAGUUGUUUGAUAUUUUUAAAACGUUAUCGUUAUGGAUACUUCCUCCUACAACAUUCCUGCGAUAAUGGGUACCAAUAUGAUUUAAAUGCUGUUGUGUUAGAGAUUCAUAUUUUGCGCAAUGAAGUAAAAAUUAGCUUAUUCCCACUUUAUAUGUGAUUAAGUUAUUGCAAAACGCACACAUUUACUUUGUUAUUUUCAUAGGGAACAUACUUUCAUCAAACGCACAUUGAAUUUCUUAUGUUCCAGAAGGUCGUCGCCACUGUUGCUACUAAUCAUCGACAUUAAAUGAUAAAUGUAAUGCUUUAUAGCGAUCUACCAACCUACCAACAGAUAUCUACUAUAACUCCAAUGCCGACACGAAAUGGAGUAUCUAUUGCACGCACAGCGAGAGAUUAUUGGCAAGCACAAACGCACAAUUAUUGAGUCGUCGAUACGAACGUGAACCGAACCGUUCAUCAGCUUCAACUCUUUUUUGUGCGUAAUUCAUUAAAAGCAAUAUUUCAUAUUAAGGAAACAGCAUGAAAUCGCACAGCAAAGAAACUCAUCAGUCUAGUGAAAAACAAGUGAUUAUUGAUGUUUUUAUUUUCAUUUUACACAACACCAAACUCCGUGUGUAUGUGUUUGUAUGAGUGCGAUUAAAAAAACAACGGCUUGUUAGUGUCUAUUCCAAAUGCGUGAGUAGGAAAAUGUAUGUGUGUGUGUGUUGUGUGUGCAACAGAUUUAGAAAAAAGCAGAAAAACAUAUUGGCCAAACAUGUGAUAACGAAAUUAAUGAUUGGUUGUAAACCAAACAUUCGAACAGCCUUCAGCACAGAAUGGUGAACAAAAAGGAAAAAAAAUGUUUUGAACAAUAACUGAAAUAACACGAAACGCUGGUUUGAAUGUGGAAGAAACAAUCGCAUCAGUCAGCUCGAACAUUUUCUCAACGUGGAUCGGCUAGUGCAUGAAGAACAAAAUUAGCAUUAUUAUUGUAUGUGUCUUUCGUCGUUACCUGUAUGAUGAGCACACACACACGCACAUAAGCAAGAAAAUAUAACAUUCUUUCAUUGUGUAUAGAGGUAGCAGUAUAUUCGAAUUCUGAGAUUGCCGUACGUAAACCUGCCAAAGCCCAUAGCCUCAGAAAGUUGAAAAAUAUGUUUUGCAUUUCCGACAUUGCAACGGUGCCGGAAAAUGGCCAUUGCCGAGCGCCGAUUUAACUGAUGGCUGUCUUUACUAGCGUAAUUGGUGGUAAUGUUUGUAGCUGUGUGUUUGUGCAACAUUGGUGUGGAAGCAUUAUUAGAAAGCUUGUUAUCAUGUUUCCUGACUACCGUUUGUUAACGAAAAGCUAUUACAUGGAAACACCAAUGCUACAUAUAUGUGAAUGUCUGUGCGAUAUACGAAUAAUGUGUACAAAUGAGUUAGCAAUGGAUUGUGAAAAUGAAACAACAAAAUAUGACAACAAAUGAUCCCCCCCUCCCCCCUUCCUCUCCACAGUGAUUGGUGAGGGGAGACAAGAAUAACCACUUAAAAAGGCGCACAACAUAAUUGCUGUAAUGUACGUGAAGUGAAACCACCAUCAAAUACUUGCAACAAACGAGUGUUUGAUAAACUGGAUUUAGUAUUAAGCUAUUGGUGCAAACUUAUAGUAAAACGAUAUCAAAAUAUGUGUGACUGUUUGUGGAGGUGUGAAGAACGCGGGAGUAUGGAGAAAUUUUAUCUAGAUAUUAUAAGAAAUGAAAACAUGAAAGCAUCACAAUGAGUAAGAAUGAAAAAAAGGGAAACUAUAUUUUAGUACCUAAGUAUGGAACUAUAUGAGCCCAAGAGAUACAGACAGAUUCUAUUUAUAUAAAAUCAUUAUCAAUGAUCACAGCACUAGCAGCAAUGCGUUGACCGUGCAAUUUGCGCCAGAAUACACCGAUACAAGGAAAUGACAUGAAUUUAAUCCAUGCUUCUUGAUCGUGCUGAGUAAGAAGAAAUUUUUAAAAUUUAUCACAUUCGUAAGCGCCUCGAAACACAGUAGGUGAGCGUGUCGAACGGUGCAUCGGAGGAAGUAAUUAUAAUCCCUGCAGCGUGUAAUUGAUGAAUUAAAUGAUGAAAAUGUACUGUACCACAACUAUGAAAUACUCAAAUGAUUAAAACAAUCACGUAAAGAGGAAAGAUAGAAGUAAUGAAGAUAAAUGAUCGAAAUUCGAUAAAAUUCAACGACACGGCAAGGGUGUACGCAUAACUGCAAGCAAGCAGAAGGAGAAGUUAAAUAGCAACUGUGCGUACAUGAUGAUAGCGUAGCAGUGUGCGAUUUGAUUGGCAAUGAAGCAUGGAUUGGCACAGAAUUAUGACAAUAUAUUUAAAGCUGCAGAAUUCAGAUAAAAAUCAGUUAUUAAUGUUGAUGAAUUCAUGAAUUUGGCUAUGAUUCGUUGUGUAGGGUAAAUUGUAGUGUGAUUGAGGGGUUUUGAGGUUCCGCUCUAGUAUCAUGGAAUUUCAUCAGACUAAAGCAAAGAUAGCAGACGUAUCAGCCUCAGCUUUAUGCAUGUGUUAUACCGUUAAAUUCCGAUUUGCUAGAGCCCAGGCGCUUCAAAUGACCCGCAUCUCAUUUUUAAUAGUAAAUGAGUAUCUGAUUAUCAGCGUUGGCAUAUUUAUUACAUGAUCUGCAAUAACGAUUUAUUCGUAAAACGCUACCUGAUCACAUCAGAGGAAUAUUGAGGACUUGCGUACUCAACGGCAAACAUAUUGUUGUUAGUUGAUUACAGUUUCUGAACAAUUUGUAAAAUGUAAAAGGUUGCGUUUCAAACUGUGCAACAAAAUAAUGCAACCGUUUACGCUAGUCACAAGCCACACUCAAAAACAACAUUCGAAAACAAUUAAUCACAAAAUAGCUAAUUGUACGAAAUAGACAAAGCCAAGCUUUUGAUAUGAAAGUUAAGUAAUCAUCACCAUGAAAAAUAAAAUCAGAUGGAACUUUGACAAAAUACACCAUAACACGAAAGCAUAAAUUGCAGCAAUACCACCUCUUGUAAUAGAUUAUAGCAGGUGUGAAAGUGAAGAUAACAAAAAAUGGAUAAAAAAACGAAUCGUUUUGUGUUUCUGGCUCUGUCCAAACAUAAUUCCAAAACAUACCUGCAAGAACGCAGACAAAACAGAACUAUAAUAAGUGUACUUUUAUCAUCAUCUUUCUCUGUGUGAAGUGUUUGUUUGUUCUAAUCAUCUCGUCAAACUCUACUACUACUAGUACUACCAACCCUAAUGUGUUUUAAACCUUUCAUGGUGAGUGUUUUGCCAAGAGAGGUAUACCAGAAAAUGCGUUUAAACGUUGUGCUUUCAGGGGUUGAUGGAACAUUUCACUUGAUAAAAAGACUACACACGGUAAAACGUCACAAAACGAACAUAAUAUUGAAAGUAAUCAAUGCAAAGGUGCUCUUUCUAACGUAAUAAAUAAUAGGAUAAAAUGAAUAUUAUAACUAAAAAAAUAGACACACUCACAAUUGUGACCGUCGUCGACUUUCGAUAUUGAAGAGUAAGGGCGGUGCUGUCAAGGUGGAUUUAUAAAUAAAAGUCCUGAGAUCAAGCAAAAGCAUCAUCAUCCAGCACAUGAAAACUCAAAAGUCAAACCAAACACUGCUGAUUAAAGGAUAGCAGCAUCAGGAGAGAAAAUAUUAGUAAGCUAAGGUGUACACCACGAUGCCACAUAAUAGAUGGAGUAUGAUAAUUAUUUGAUAACCAGUACAUUCUAACCGCCGACGUGUGUAGUGUGUGCUCGACUAAUGUAACAUAAUUGCAGAAACCAUGAAUGUAUUUUAAUGCGAUAUUGUGUGAGACGCCGAUGCACGGAAUCUGCCGAAUUGUAGUAAUGUAAGAACGUAUUUGCGCAAUUACAUGUAUAAGACAUUGCAUUAUCAUAUAAUAUAUUCAACUAUUCAACCCACUAUCAUGAGGAGUAAAACAAGUAAACUAAACAAACAUAGUUAAACAAAAAAUGUGACAUGCCAUAAACUCCAAAAACAAAACAAAGAAAAAAAAACGAAGAAAAAAAGUAGUGGAAGUUAAAUGUUCAGAUAUAGUUCAUCCCUUAAAAUGCAAUGUUCUAGAGAUUUUAUUCCAAAUCGACUAUAAAAUGCAGCUAGCUGGCAUAAUGAAGGCCUAAGAAUGUAUGAGAAAACAGUAAACUCUGUGGAUGGAGAUGAAAUGACCAAAAUUACACAAAAAGAAAUGUAUUUCGCCAAACGCAAUUAGAUAACCUUGUCAAGUAAAUAUUAGGUGUAUAAUGAGGUGCGUUUUAGAAGGCUCAAUGAAUGCAAAAGUAGCGAGGAGCGAGGAGAUAAUAACAAAACUCCGAUACAUAACAUACCUUCCAUUGCGGAGUGCGGAUGCGAUGAAUCUUAAAAGCUGCUGCUACACUACAGGAGGCUCAUAAAAAAAAGUGUAGCGAAUGUUGAACAAGUAACAGAAGAGUAGUAUUUGCUAAAAACCCUACCAAACCGUUGGUGUGUUUUCGGUAUCCUGCAUUCUGCAGACGGAAUGGCUGUGCUCUGGCGUGUUGGAUGUAACUAAGAUAUUGAAUGAUCCAUACCACGCGCACAUGUUUCCUUUCCUUUGUGAAUUUAGGUUGAUAUAGAACCGAUUCUCCUUUACAGCAAUACUGCUGCUAUUAGUUCCUUAUGAUUGUUUCGAUCUACUGUUUGAAGUUUGAGUUUGAAAAGAAGAUGAAAAAACAGAAUCACUUAUUCCCCAUAGUAUUUAAGGAAUCGGCACGUGAGGAAUGCAUGAAAAUAAAGCAUAAAAUGCCAUAUUUUGCAUAAUCAACAAAUAAGAGACCGUUAGGUAAUCAUUACUACUCAUCGAUAACUGUAUAACUCAACGCUCUACGUGUCUAUGUGUGCUUUCACCCUUCCAUUGAAUGUGUAGCUUCAGAAUAUCGAAGUAUCUUCCAAGCUAAAAUAUGUUAGCCAACCAGCGUACGACUUCUCUCCACUCGAUGUAAAACUUAAAAAAAGGUCAGCUAUUAAUGGCCAGGUGUUUGUUCGCAACUAGUUCUUUCCGAAUGAUUCUCUUGCGUCUGUGAAAAUUAUAACGCCUUCUUAACGUACUUAUAUAUACUAAAAAUCACGGUCAAGCGAUAAUCAAAAGCCCGCGAGCAGUUAGACCGUAGGAUGUGUAUUUCGUGAUAGGUGUGGACCCAAUUUUCAUUUCUUGUAGGAAUGUAACGCUUUUGGCUAUUCGCUUUAACGCGUAACAUUUGAGGAAACGUUCAUUUUUUUUACGAAGUAGAUCUCUUGUGCGGGAAAUGUGUUUAUACUUUUUAUAAAAUAGUUUUUGCUUUUUUUAGGAGUUUUAUACCCACUCUCAAUACAAAUCGUUUAUAUUAUUUCUGUGCAAUACAAACAUGACCGCUUUUAAGGUUAAAUUUAAACCCAGCAGAAAGGAAACGGCAUUGUUGCAAACGUGAUUUAAUGACAGUUUAUAACUUUACAUUUUACGGGUUAAUUAUGUGAUGAUCGUAAACGAUCUACCACACACACUGCACACUUAGAGAUGUUAAUAUCGAGUGAUUCCGAUUCAGUUUAUUUAUGUAUAAACUUUUAGCAACUUUUAAAAAGCAUGAUAGUGGUUGAUAGUGGUAGCUGUCUUCCAGCGAAAGGGGCGAGCAUAGAAAGAAGAUAGGUGCAGUUUGCUAUUUUCGACCAUUUAAUUUACACUAUUUUGGUUCUGUACAAGCUUCGUAGCAUUUGAGUGGGUCAUGUAACAGCCCGGUGACUGAGCGGACUGCCCAGAGUUUAGUAGGGAAUUGUUAUGAAAACCAAUUAAUUUGAACCUUAGUAUCACCUAACUCUACCUGGAACACGGGCCGCUAGGGUUUACUUAUUGCAGAGCCGUGUGUUUGAAGAAGACAGACAGUGCCUUAAAAACUGCCACCCGGACGAAAAACAUUGCCAAGGUUGGACAAUUCACGUCCAUGUAAGGAUGCUGAUGCAUUGCUCGUGCAUUGCACAGAGCAAACCAAGAAGUUGUACCACAAGAUAGGAAAAUCAAAUCCUUUUACGUUCGUUCGGCGCGAGGCAGAGGAGGCUUACCAAUUGGAGCAAAUUCUACGAGAGCUUACAGUGUUAACCAAAACCUGUAGAGUGAUAGGGGAAAUAGGAGAACCUUUUGAGUAGAUGUGAAAUGUUUGCAUUUAAUGUUUUAGGAGAAAUUUCCAGCGAAACAAGAACUAUAAGGAAACUAGAUUAAAGUUUAAGUAAAAGCGACAGUGAUCCACGAAUGAUCAAGCGUAUGUGUCUUCUGUCGUGAUCGUUAUUCUAGUAUCUAGUCUAGUAUCAGACAAAUGGUAGAUGAAACAAAAACGUAGCACGUAACAUUUGCUCUUAUGGAAAAGCCAAUCCCAUUUAAUGUAACAAACUUCAUAACGUGUGUGCAAUAUUCUAUAAAUCGUACUGCAAUUCUAUGCCACCAAUAUCUUUAACUCCAAAAAUUACCUGCAUUUGAUAUCUCAGUGCUUAUUCUUUUUUUUCUAAAUUCGCUAAGCGAAUGUGUUUGUUUUUAACAAGUUUUGUUACACAAUUACACCAUGUGUGGGCGUGGGUGGUAGGGAAAGUUUUAACCUGGAAACAAGAAAACAAUGAUCAAAAGGACGGCAGGAUAGGCCAACAACACACCAGUGGUUUAGUCGGAUAAGGCAACUAUCUCUUCAUUGUGAUGUAUGUUCCUUAUCCUUGUAGCGAAGCAGCAGAGCAGUAAGCAGUCAGAAAUGAAGCAAAACUCUUCUCCUUGAGCGUGCUCCGAUAGAGCCAGAAAUUCAACAGUGAAGCCAAAGAAUUCUCCUUAUCGAAUGAAACGGAAACUUUAGCAAGGUGCCGAAGCAUCCGAUCGUAUCCUGCGGGCGAUGAUCAUCAGCAAAUCUACGUCAGACACAUAUCAUCGUCAAGCAAAUCAAUCAAUAGCGCGAAUGUUUCGGUUCGCUUUACGCGGACUCUAGUACUAGGUCCAACGGUUUUGGUUGUGCAAACGAAACGAAUGGACGAAUAUCACGAUCGCAAAGUCUCUUCGCUGGUUAGCAAUGAAGCGUGCCAAGAACAAUGGUCAGUACAGGGUACAACGCCACGCGAGGAAGAAGCACUGGCAGUAUGCAGCAGUGAAGUUGAUGUUCCUCUCCAAUGUGUCGAAUCUUGUGCGUCCUGCACUAUUUUAAUUCAGUUGCAACUCGAUCGACACAUCGGACGGCGGCGCGAUAGAGAGAGCGUAUACGACGAAUGCAACAAGGCUAUUCUCUAAAGUACAAAACCAACUUCUUUGGUAGCUUUUCGUUAAAGAUUUGCACGGAAGAUAUCAGUACCGAGGAUAAAGAAACGAACUAGCACCAUAUGAUUGAUGCAUUCCAUGCUCAUGAAUCAGUGAGAAACAAACAGAUAUCGAAAUGCCAACGGAAGCUGAGCCCGGUUUCGUACCAAGCAUCCAUGCUUUACAUCCCCGCUCUCAUGUGCCACCAGUCAGUCUACAUGACAUAACCAGAAGAGAUGUUGUGCUGAUUGUUGACAUAAUUCAUCAUUAGCAUUGGUACAAGUGUUAGUCGGACAUCUGGUGUAUGAUGUGCCGUGUUUCACGCAACCCCAAACGCUGCAUUAACGUAUCGAAAGCAACACAUUGAAGUACCUGUGUGAGUGACGAAAGCUGGAAAUGAGUUGCAGGCCUUGCCCUAAAAGAAGAAUUGCAAGUUGAUGUAAGAAGAUGUGAUGAAAGCUUCUUAUUGUUGAAAUCGAACAUGGCCUGUUGCUAUCGAGUUCAAUAUUCCGUUAAGGCUUAUAUCCUGACUCUGACUUAUCAAAACCUAGAGUAUUACCGGUACUACCAAAAUUAAACACAAAGCUCACCUCCCUGCAGAGGAAAACAAAGAAGCAGUAGAGAGUGACGAAACAAGGUGCUAAGAGAAAAAAGAGUAGAGCAAGGGAAAGGAACAGUGACAUACAAUACAAGAAACUGAACACAAAUAAUGCAAUUGGAUAAAGCAAGAAAGCCUAUAAACCGUAGUAAUUAUGUUUUAACACUGAGUGUAAGGAGCACAGCUGCUGGGGACAAACCGCAGCAUCAAGUGUGUCGCAGUGUGUCGCAGUUGAGAAAGUUUCUAAGUAGGAAACAAUUAUUUACCUUGACGGAAAGGAGAAAAUCAACAUAAGUAUUUUUCUUUCACGCAGAACAUCACUAACUAGCUCCUAAGGUAAAUCAAUACGUACCAAAAGAACUAUCAAGCAUGCGAAUUGCGAAUGAAGGAUUUAUUCAAAGCAAGCAGCAUACUCUGGUGCAAGAAAGAAAAUUCGAAAAAAUCUUAAAUAAGCAAAAUUAAAAAAUGAGGCUACAUACAGAUAUGGACGAGGUUAUAAUAACUUAAUAAUAAUCAUAAGGCAGCGGUGUGAAUGGCAGUGGUAUAGGGCCAAAGCGCAAAACACAGGGUUCAAAUGAGACAAGCAAACACAAACUGCAAUCUAAAAGCGGAUCAAUUAUAUACUGCGGAAAACACGGCUCUGAUGAACAAACAAACACAGACCCACAUAUAAGCAUGAAUCAUAAAUUCACAAACCUCCCCUAAUUACCUAAUACAUUGUAUAUUAAAUGAAACAGCAUUAAACAAAAAAAAAACUUAAACCCUUAAAACCCAACAACCAACCAAUGCGGAACAACAACCAAACCAAUGAGAGGAGAGACUUUCUCGGGAUUUGGCUGUGCACAAAAAAAAAAAGUAAAAUAGGACCGCAACACAAAUGCAAAGAAUGAAAAAAAAACACAUUUGCGCAGAGUCAUUUGACCAUCACGGCGGUUAACGAUGGUGCUUAAACAACACAAAUUAGAAGCAACACACUAUGACCAAGCGCACGUGUAAAGCAGAUAAAGCGCCACAAUGAAUGCAGUUAUUGCACCUACUACUAAGCUUAGUACACCCAAUGUGUGUUGGAGUUAGUUACGUUACGAUGGUACAACACACAUACAGACUUCCACACAGACUGGAACCACAAAACACAAAACAAUGGAUAUAAACAUAAUGAAAGCGGGCAAUGAAACUUGUGCAACAAAACGACGAAUACCACCUACAAUAAAAAACACAAAAAUAUAUGGAAAAUAAGCAAGCUCGAUAAUCUUAUCGAUGCAAGAAUCAGUAUUUUCUAUAAAAAAAUGUUUAAGAAAACAAAACAGAAGGAGAAAAAAAAUAUGUUAAAUUGUAAUUGUUUUAAACUAAUGCCUCAUAACAACAAAAAGUACGUGAGAAACAAAACACUCGAGUGUAACAAGUGUGUGUGCGUAUGCUUUGGAUCUGUGUAAUAAGACAAGGAAACGGACAAGGAUAAUUAAAAAAAAAGAGAUAACAAUUCAUGUUAGACGAUUGAGCAGUAGAAUUUUGAAAGAAAGAAUGAAUUUGAGUUCUUAAGGUGUGCGUUGCUCAAUCGGAAGAAGCCUUAAUGUCACCAAAACACACGGUUGAAUGGAAGACGAUAUUAAAUGGAAAGCACAUGCCGACGAUAUGAGAAGGGUUGCGUCAAGAUUAAGUAGCUUUAGGAUUAUCUCUCUGUUGUAUGUUUUAUUGCAAUUAUACUGAUUUUGUAAGGCUGUCUAAGUUUAGAGUUGUUUUGUUGGUAGGGAAAUAAACAUCAAGCAGCAGGAGGUAGAUAAAUGAAUUGGUUUUGUGAAAUGUGAGACAUUCAAAGGAAAGUGCAAUUAUUUUACAUUCCGCGUACAUCACAACAGUGUGAACUAUUUUACGUCUUGAAAUGGGAAUUAAAUAUAAUUUUUUAGUUUUCCUACAAAUUGGACUAAAACAAACACUGCUAGUAGAGGACGCUGGUUGAGUUUUUACGGAAUAGAAAAAAAAAAACAUCUUCGUUCAGUGACCAAGCCGUAUACUAUUGCGUCUGAUAAGUGAUAUGAGACUGAUUUGUGGAUCGUGCGGAGAAGAAGAAUUAAUCCGUUGCAAGUGACAGCAUGAACGAGAGAAAAACUUAAUAAAACCAACCAACCCCAGCAGUGGUAUGAGUAUAAUAUUAGAAAAACAAACAAACUAAAUAUCUGAUUGAAAAGCCAUCCAUAAAGAGUAGAUUUUGAUCGUUGAAUGUUCCAACGAUCGUGCGAUUGCGAAUAAGAAAACAAUAAUCGAAGAACAGAGCAGGAGUAGUAGAGAAUCCUUCUCGUGCGCGAGAAAUUAAAUCAAUAAUUUUAUGUGGUGAAACAAAGUGUGAAGAACAAAAUGAUAGAUGAAUCGAUAUCAACCGUAGCAAACCGCAGUAGCGUGUAGUGUGUGGAUGUGUGUGUUUGUGUGCUUAAUCGUACAACAGUUGAUGUGAGAGAAUAAGCUUACCGUGAAGCUUCCAACUAAAGAGUGGAAAGGGAAGAAGACACAAAAAGAGUAGCAAAUUAAGUCCUUGAUAAGGAAGAUAGUAAAUAGUAAACACAACACUACAUUGGUAGAGGAGACAGCUGGCAGCUGGCAGCUGUGUUCUUGUGACAUUUUGUUUAUAUAAGAAUUACAAUUAGGAGAAAUAUCUUACACUAAGCGGGACACAGUAGUUUGUAGGAAUGGAACCAAACGUGUACUGACAAACAGGGAGCGCACGCGUAGGGAGCGGGCUUGGAAGAUUAUUAGUUUUUGAUUUGCCUUCAACCAAUAACGAGCCGACGACAUCCCCAGGAAGCCUUAGCGAUCUGGGUUGGACCGCUCACCUGGAGAGAAACAGCACUAAAAUAAAGAAAACUACUAAAUAACUAGAUAAAUGACAUGUGUGUUUGAUGCUAAACUUUAACCUGGACGACGGCGUAUGGUCACGUACCCGAGCCGGUAUCGCUAACUUAAAAUCACCAAAUAAGGCCACAAACAGGGCUUAAUUAGUAUUGAUGAAUGGUGCAUUCUGGCGCGUUAAUGUUACAAAUCCUGGAGAAAAGAUAAAUGGAUUCGCUAGAAUAUAAAUAUGUGAAAAUGUUCCUUGUUUUUAUAGCGUUUUGAACUACCACACAAUACCAAACAUCUAAACACUAAAUGAAUACCGGAAGAGGGAAUAACUUAAAUAAUUCAAAAUAGAUGAACUCAAAUAUAUAACAACAAUGAGAAACAAAAUGUCGAGUAAAACACAAUACAAUACGAAAUUCUAAAGAUUAGCAGAGUAAAUCAAUGUCAGUUGAGUUGCGGACGUGCGUUAAGUGUGCUAGUUUUCGUUAAACAGAAUGGUCGAUGUGUUCGAGCUUUAAACUAUCCAUGGAAAUUAGGAGGAAAAAAAAACCCAGCAUCAUACGGUUUGAACAGUAGCAGAGCAUCCCUCCCUCUUGUAUUGUGAAAUGUUUGGCAAAAACGACGAAGUUAAUUUCGUACAAAUGCUUAUCUUUUAAAUGACCAACGUGUUUAGAUCGAAAUGUCGGAGAGCUCGAGCAGCUUUGGUAGCUGCUGCAAAAUGUGUGCCAAAAGUGAAAUCAAAAUUCUACCGAUUGGUCGCCAGGUUUUACUAGGACUCCAAGAUCUCCCCGCAGCAAAACGAUAACGGGGCUAACGCUAACGGCUAAUGAACCGUAAAUGGUUGAUGUCCUAUCCAACAGGGCCACCAAAAUCCUACACUUUCCAGCCCCCUCUUUAUCCUAGUCGCUACUCUAAAAUCAAUCACAUCCGAUAAUCAAACUCAUACAUACCUCUCCAGCGAUGCUUCGAAAAGCAAAUAAAGACUACGCAAAAGCAAUAGCCAGCAACUCCGCAGUGGAGCGGCUUAUAAUAUGGAACCACCUACUACUGCGCUUUACCAGUGGGAAGCUGUAAGCUAGUCAAAAUUUGUAAAAUUAGUAUAAAACACAGUUACUAAGCAGCUGCUUUUUGUGAAGAAGGUUAAUGGUUUUGUUACAAAUUAUCCUCCCAAUGUCAGAGCGUUAAUAUAUUCCAUGUGAUUUUUGGUUUGUUCAACAUGAUAAUUUGGAUUUGUGAGGAAACACCAUCCCGCCCCAAACAAGCAUUUUACCAUAUGAUAACAGUUCGUUAAGCGGGAUACUAUAUUAUUGACACUCCUUAAGCUUUUCAGAAAAGCAUCAAAACGUACACAAAAACGGCAUACGAGAAGAAAAAAUGGUAAUGAGGGCGAUUCAGUGUUUCAGCUUCAGCUUUAAUAAUACAAAGACUUGAUCUUACCCUUAAAUCCUCUUACCUUUUACAUAACUCUUUAUCUGUCCUGUGUGUUUAUAUGUGUAGUAAAGAGAAGGCAAACAACAAAAAAAGAUUUAAAAAGUACUACAAAAAAAAAGAAAAACAGAAAACGGCACAAAAACAUGAUGAAACAGCUACACAUGAAUGUUUCUCGGUGUGUGUUCUAUUAUUUAGAGAUUCAGCGUAAUUAUGUGAACCAAGCCGACCCACGCACAGGGACGCACAGGAGCGGAGAAGAAGAUUUGCCUAGUAGUGGUAGCAGUAAUAUGUAUGUGAACAAUUUUUAGGUGUCGUAGUUGAUAGUUUUUCUUCUCUUUGUUCGAAAAUACAAGCAAGCAGGCAAACAAACAAAAAAACAAACCAACAAACAAAUAAACAAACAAACAAAUAAACAAACAGUUUACAAACAUUGCGCCCACCACCUUUCCUCAAAACUGUUGGAUCAAUCAAAUCGAUGUCGUCGUCGUACUUUUAUAAUAUUGAAUGCAUAAGAUCUUAGUACACGGUAGUGUAACGUGUUACAGAAAAAAACAACAAUACAAAACAAGCCAAUCUACUAUGUAAGCAUGUGAAGCAACGCGUGUAGCACAAACAGUAACAGCGGAGAUAUAGGAUGCAAGAGGAAAGAAAGAAAGAAAAAAACGUUUUACAAACCAAACAAAUCGAUGGAAAAGUAUAUAUACUGAUACCUAUAAGUGUAUUUCAGCCUUCCUCUUGUUGGAACAAAUUCCUAGAUAAAAUACAUCAAUAAGGCAGACAAACGACGCAAGUGAUAAAUAAUUGUGAAUCAUAUUAAAUAUAUAUAUAUAUAUACUAUAUAUACAUACAAACAACAAGUCUAUCUAUAAAUGUGUGAACUAAUCUAAACCAUAGUGUGUAAAGAACCUGGAAGGAGAAUCAAACUCCCCUUCCUGGUUCAAAUCUUUCACUCUUCGUGGCAUCGAUGUCAGUUUUUUCGCAAUAUCUUCUCACAUAGCAAAAUGAGCAAAAAACGGAAACGAAACUUACUAAGAACAAAACCAAACCAUUAUCUUUCGAAUCUAUUUUUGUAUUCCUUACUAAAUGUAAUAUCAUCAUUAUACAAACACAACAUCCUAAAUAUAUAUAUAUAUAUACAUAUACAAUUGAUUUUUUCAAUACAUGAAACAAAUAAGCUAGCAUGAAACAACUUGAAUACAAACAGGAGGAUAACAGGAUCCAACCAACGCGUUAACGCGGACCAGCAACGAACACGACACCGGGGGUGCGGUGUGUCCCUCCAGUAUCGGAGCAGUCCGGAUGUGGCCUCCAGCCGCCCAAACACUUUCUCUCUGUAUGUCAUCUCGUAUCACAAAGAACUAUAAAACAUCCGAUAUUUAUGUAUGUGUUCUCCACGUACUGAGUCAAGUUUGGUAGCUUCUCAAUUCUGCGCAAAAAAGGCAGGAGCGAAUGUAUCACAGUCGAAUUUGUAAGUCAAUGGACGCAAUAAACAGAACAAUACUCUGUAAAUGAAUUUCGCGACGAAAAAAAAACCAAACGUAGCAACAAUACAACUUUGCAACCAAUAAACAUGUUUGAAAGGGAGGGUGGAGUUUGGUGCAGAGAUUUUUAACAAACUUGAGAGAAAAACAAUCAACAAAAAGAACAACCACACAACACAACUAUAAAAAUGGUUUAUAAUCAAGAAAUCGGAAGCACACUGAAGGAGAUAACAUCCUACUUGAGUGAAGCGAAUCCAUUACGAAUCAAACAAAAAGCAAACAAAAUGAAUGUGACACCGAAACAUGCAAAGAUUGAAGUUAAACAAACAGAAACCUUAUCUUGCGAGAGAAACAAAAUAUGUAUGGAUGUAUUGUGCAUGUAAACAUCCACAGCAAAUCUUUCAAAAAGCGAUAAAUGUGACCAAUCAAAAUGAGAUAAGUUAAGUAAAAACUACUUUAGCAAGUGGUGGUAAUAUAUUAUACAACCAAUAUUGAAUACGCGGUAAUCAAUGGUAAUAAGAGCGGUGGUGGAGCUAGAAACACACGAGCCAGAAAGGAAACGACAAAGAUGAAUAAACAUGAUAACUUAAGCCACCCACAAUACACACUAACAGAAGAAGAGACAAACAAACACAUUACAAGAUUCGUAAGAAGAGGAAGUUAAGCUAGAUAAUAAGGGCACUGGCGCUGAAUAGAUUGAACAAUACAAAUAAAUAUACAUAUAUUUUUUCUUAUUUUACAACAAAAUAAUGGUCGAUGGUGGUGUGUAUGGUGUGAACGGUGCCGGCAGCAGAAACCCUAAAUAAACACUUAAAUAAUAUAUACGACUAGAAAGAAGAGAGCAGCAGGAGCGUCGAAGCGACUGACUGAUGUGAAUGCAAAAGAUAAACUUUAAUCCGAACAGUAGGGAUUGCAGAGAACAUAAAAAAAAUGAAACUAUAAAACAAACAAAAUAUUGUAAGAAAAUAUGUUUGCAACAGCAAUAGAAAGAUACCGGUAGGCGAGAAAGCAAGACGAAGCAGGACACAAACACGCAAAACAAAACCCACAAAAACUCUGAGUAAUAUGAAAAAACGCUUUAAUGUAUUGAGUCGAUAAGUGGGCAGAACGGAAAGGGGGAGGAGGGCAGACUGUGGACGAAUGCAAAUGCGGUUUAUUAUCUUAUUUCCAUAUUCUUGCCAUUCAAACCAGACGGGGAACUGUAUUACUGAGGCAUAACGCAUGAGUGAUACUCAUUUACAAGGGAAAACAUUACAUUUAAAUACCGUAACUAAGUAUAUAAACUAUAUAUAAAAAAAACAAAGGCUGGUUGGACGUGCGGAAGCAGUGGAGAAGCAGCAGUGUGUGGUAUGAGAGAAUCUGUGUUCAUUACGAAAGAUCGCAGCAUUACCAAACGUUGGAUCUGGAAAGAUUGUAUGUGAUUGCGAUUGUGAAUGGGGGAUUUGUGCAAGAGUAGCGGCAAUGGAAUGCAAUGGAUUGAUAAACACAACGUGAUUAGUUAACCAAAAUCCAAGCAUUCGAUGCACGCGUAGUAUGAAUACGCGUACGAUACGGAUAUUACGAGCAAUGAAUAGCACAGGGAAGGACGUGUGGAGAAAGAUGUGGAAGAGAGAUAGAUCGAGCGAGGCAUAAAAGUAAUAAAUAAAUAGUGAAAUAGUCAUGUGAUGUGUAUUUGAUAUAGAGAGAGUUACAAAAUGAAAGUAAGACAUAACUAUAAACAAAUGAUUUAACAUAACAGUAACCAAUUCACAUUUACAAAACGAUAAAUUCCGCGUUAGUAAUCGAUGGCAAACAAAGCAAACUGUAGAACUGUACUCGGAAGAAGCAAAGGUGCAACAAAGUCAAACAAGAAUAAACAAACACACACACACACACACACACACUCACACGCACGUAAUGCAAUAUGACACAAAAACAACACAAACCACAAUUGGUAGAACCUUCGCCACCGAUCCAUUUUUCACUAUCCUUGAAACAAAAACGGGGGUUCUGUGUUGAGAAUGAAAUGUUGAAAGACAAAACCAAGCGCGCAUACGCACUAAAGAGUGUAACAAAACAUAGCAUAAAAAAGCUCGCGUGACUGUGCUCUCUAGGGAGAAGAAGAAGCCGGGCAACAAAACAUUUAAAUGACUAAAUAAUAAGUUGCGCACGGAGAUUGGGGAGGAAAAAAAGCCCCCUACAAACCACAACAAAUGAAACUAGUGAAUAGUUGUGAGCAAAAAACAAGCAAAAAUAUCAAUGUAACCGUAAUUGUACUCGUUGAUUGACAAAUAAAGCAUAUUAAACCAA